AUGAGUAAAAGUAUACGAGUUCUUGCUUCAGCCAAUGCAAUGAAAGGAAGUCUUUCAGCAAAAGAAGCGUCAAAUAUGAUGGCAUCUGGAGCACAAAAAGCAAUCAGUAAGUUUUCGGAGCAAUUCGGUCAAAAAUUUAAUGGUGAAUUUUUAAUCAAGCCUAUAGCCGAUGGUGGCGACGAUACAGUCGAUGUAAUUGCUGAUAGUUUCUACAUUAAUACUAUUAAAGGCCCUCUAUUAGACCCUGUUGAAGCAAGAUGGGGUUCAUUAGGUGAUACAGCUGUAAUUGAAAUGGCUAAAGCCUCAGGCAUUGCAUUAUUACCAGAAGACAAAUUAGAUCCAUUUACUACAACUACAUUUGGCACUGGUCAGUUGAUUUUGGCUGCUAUCGAAAAAGGAUUCAAGAAGAUUCUUCUUACAAUAGGAGGAUCCGCAACCGUUGAUGGUGGAAUUGGCGCCUUAGCUGCUAUGGGCGCCCAGUUUUAUGACAAAGAAGAUAAGAUUAUCGAGCCUUAUGGAAACUCUGCAUUAGGAAAAGUAGCUAGAAUAGAUUUUUCAGCGUUUGAAAAGUUCAAAGAUGUACAAUUCAGCAUUGCUUGUGAUGUUGAUAAUAUUUUAUUAGGUGAUAAAGGAUCUGCUGCUAUAUUUGGACCACAAAAACUUCGCCCAUCAAUAAGAAACGAUAGAGAAGCUAAAAUGAAAGCAGUUUCUCAAAUGAAUGCAAACUUAGAGAAUUUUGCAAAUAUUAUUCAGAAAACAACAAAUAAAGACAUUAGAAUGGUAAAGGGUAUUGGGGCUGCUGGUGGCUUAUCUAUUGGAUUCGUAGCUGUUUUUGAUGCUCUUCUUCGUCCUGGAUCAGAAUUUAUUUUAGACAUGCUUGGAAUAACAGAUGAAUUGCAUCCUGAUAUAGUCAUAACAUCAGAAGGUAAAUGCGAUGUUAGUACUUUGAAUAAUAAGGCUCCUUAUGCUUUAAUUAGAAGAUUUUCUAAUUCUUAUUCAAUUGUCCUUACAGGAGCAAUUGAAAGCGAGGAAGUAGAACAAAAACUAAAUGACGCCGGAGCUUCUAUUGUUAUGACCAUUGAAGAUGGAGCAAUUUCACUUUCUGAUUCAAUGAAACGCUGUGGUGAGCUUAUGGAGAGGGCUUCCUAUAGAGCUGUUUAUUCUUAUCUUAGAGCACACUUUAAAUAA